GUUUACAUUUCUAAGAUGGCGGCGGGGAUGUAUUUGGAGCAUUAUUUGGACAGUAUCGAAAAUCUGCCAUUCGAGUUGCAGAGAAACUUCAAUUUAAUGCGGGAUCUCGAUCAACGCACAGAAGAUCUUAAAGGACAAAUAGACUCUCUGGCCAAAGAGUACACAGCCAACGCUCGGACUCUUUCCUCAGAGCAAAAGCUGUCCAUACUGAGGCAGAUUCAGCAGUCUUACAGUAAAUGCAAAGAGUUUGGAGAUGAUAAGGUACAGCUGGCCAUGCAGACCUAUGAGAUGGUUGACAAACACAUUAGACGUCUUGACACAGACCUGGCUCGGUUUGAGGCUGACCUGAAAGAAAAGCAGAUUGAGAGCACAGACUAUGAUUCCACCUCAAGCAAGGGGAAGAAAAGUGACUCCAGACAGAAGGAAAAGAAAACGGCUAAAACAAGGUCUAAAGUGAAGAGCUCAGAUGAAGAUAGCAGUCCCAAGACUGCACAGAAGAAAGUCAAACUCCUCCAGCCAGGAGAAUUCAACAGCCCAACGGCCAAUUUUGGGAAUGUGCACCCGUCUGAUGUGCUGGACAUGCCGGUGGACCCCAACGAACCAACAUACUGUCUGUGCCAUCAGGUCUCUUACGGCGAGAUGAUUGGAUGUGACAACACUGAUUGCUCCAUUGAGUGGUUCCAUUUUGCUUGUGUCGGCCUGACAACAAAACCAAGAGGCAAAUGGUAUUGUCCACGAUGCUCUCAAGACAGAAAGAGGAAAUAAAAACACCUGGUUAACCUGGAACAAACAUGGACUCUGGGCAGAUGGAGACGGAAUAUUUCUUCAUUAGUUACUAGUAUUUUUGUUCUCAUCUUCCUUAACAUUUGGUGCUUUUUCUUUCAGUUUACAUAAUUUGCCUUGGUCUAAUGCAGUGUGUGUGUGAAGGAGCUAAGUGGUUACAAAUGUAUUUAAAUAUUGUUUUUUUUUUUUCUUUCGUUACUUUUGCUGUUAACUUUAUUUUUUUAAGUUCCCUUUGGUGCUCUUAUUGUGACUUUUUUUUUUUUUUUUUUUUUACAGGUGCAAAGUAAACACUAAAACUGCUCUAAAUGGUUAAACUUUUCUAAGGUGACAUUCAGCAUACACAUGUAAAUCUCAAAACAGUCUGGACAUGAAUAUUCUUUUUGCUUUGUUGAAUGGUUAGUUUUUUGUGCUUAGCCUUGGUACACUAGUGUAAUGAUUUAGAUAUGACAGGAAGGCAAAAAAUGAAUUUAAAUGCUGCAUAAUGACAGUAUUAGUCGACUGUGGUAGUGAGUUUCACCAUUUCAUUUUUAACAUUUGAUUGAGUGCUGUAUAGAAAGUAAGACAUUCAGUGGAAAACAUUGUCAUUUCUGUAGCUGAAACAUUGGUACAGGGAGAGGGGGUGCUUGUGUUGUCAAUCAUUUGAAUACAGCUACUACCUCAAAAA